UACAAGGAUAAAAACAUAUCGCGUAACGACGUGAAAAAAAAGAAAUUAAAAAAAAAUUGUACAAUUAAAUAUUUUAAAUGUGAAGUAAAAAUUUUAUUAUUUUUAUGAAUUAAUAUUACAUUGUUUAUAAUUACAUCAUUUUAAAAUUGUGCUCCACGGUAUAACUCAAAAGAAGUAGAAAGAAACGAGAGUAAAACGAAGCGCUACGGCGCUUUUCAAAGAUUUUUUUUUUCAAUUUCUAAUUAAUUUAAGUUCUUUCUUUCUUAAAAUAAUAAAAAAAAAAACGCAUUUAAAUGCUAAAUAACACUUAAUAAUUAAAAUCAAAUUACUUAAAAAAAAAAUCGGAAGAGAAAAAAACUAAAGAAAAUGUUAAUCAAAAUCGCACAAAUUGCUUUAUUUUUAAUAACAAUAAAAAUUAAUUUAAUAUAUCCUACACGGAUUAUUGGGAAAUUUCAUACAGAUGAUUUUUUUAAAUUUAUUGUUAAAUUUGGAUUUCAAAAGACUGAACAUCUAACUCAACCACAAUAUGGAUAUAUUUAUGGAAAUAUCACAUCGGAUGAAAAAUUUAGUCAAUCGAUAACAUUGGCUGUUUUAGACAAAAUAAAUUUUCUGGAUUUUUAUGAAAAUCGUACAUAUUAUGAUCGUGAUGUUGCGUGCCAAAAAAUGUUUUCACGUUUAAAAAAUAUAGCUUAUGAUCCAGAUUGUAAUUAUCAUGCAAUGGCAGAUUAUUUAAGAAGAAUACCAUGCCCUAAAGGUGAAUUAUGUACUGAUGAGGAUUCUGUUAGUAAUGUUCUACCAGGAAAUCAGUUCACAUAUGUUUUAAGCCAUACAAAUCAACCAAGAUUUUGGUAUGUUUCGAUGGUGGCUUGUUAUAGAAAUCGUUCAACUUGCCAAUGGCAUUAUUACGAUCCAGCAAAAUUAACAAAUGCAAAUAUAGCAUCACAAACAAUUAAUUAUGAUAUAAAUUUAGUAAAUGGAAAUCCAAAUACAUCAUCAUUGCAUCCAUUAACAUUUCAAUUUUCUUUUGAACAACAAAAUUUAUUAGAAAUGUAUAUGAUAUUUCUAUUAGUAUAUAUAAUAUUAGUUCCUAUGCAAAUUUAUGCAGUUAGAUUACAAAAACAUCCAGUUACAAAAUUAUUUACGAUUAGUUUAAUAAGUGAAUUUGUAAGUUUAGCGUUUAUUACAACGCAUUAUAUCAAUUUUGCUAUAAAUGGUAUUGGAGAACCAGAUUUUCAAACAGUUGGAGAUAUUUUAGACAUAUUUAGCAGAACUUCAUUUAUGUUAAUUUUAUUGUUGUUGGCAAAAGGAUGGGCUGUAACAAGACAACAAAUAAGUAAAACUGGAUGGAUAAUUUUAAUGUCAAUUUGGGUGCCCUAUUGCGCUUUUCAUGUUUUUUUAUAUAUCUGGGAUAGAACGGAAGUCGAUAUUAUAUCUGAUAUUGAUGAAUAUCAAACAUGGCCGGGUUGGAUCGUUUUAGUUUUAAGAACAUCAUUCAUGAUGUGGUUUUUGUGGGAACUUCGCAAUACAAUGAAGUACGAACAUUCAACGAAAAAAUUAGAUUUUCUUCUACAUUUAGGAGCUUCCAGUCUGGUAUGGUUUAUAUAUUUACCAAUUGUUGCAGUAGUUGCAUUACAAGUUAGUCCAAUGUGGAGAUAUAAAUUAUUAUUGGGUAUAACAAAUUCAGCUGACUGUUUAGCUUAUUGUGUUAUGACAGGUUUGUUAUGGCCUAAUCGUGCUGGACAAUAUUUACUGUUGGCUGGUCCAAAUUAUUCAGGUAUGGAUGAAUUAGAUGAAUUUAAUGAAGCACCACACAUUGUCAGAGAACGAGAACGUGGCAGUGAUGAUUAUUCACAUCCAUCAAUGGAUUCCGUUUCAGUGAAUGGUAUUGGUGGAGGUACUGUUACAAUUACAAAUUCUAAUGGAAUUCUUAUUGAAGGAGGUAAUUCACAUUUAUUAAAUGGUGAAGUUUGCACAGAUUUAUUAGACGGUGAUGACUUGGAUGCAGAUUUAUUAACCGAUUUAAACAAAAAUAGUAAUAUUAUUGCGUAAUGAUUUUACUUUCUUUUUUUUUUUUUUUGAAAAAAUGUGUAUAAAAUUGAAACAAAUAUGAAGAAUUUUUAAUUGAUAAUUUACAAUAUUAUGUAAUAAUUUAUCUUUUUGUAUUUUAUUUAAGUGUGUUUUUAGAUUAUCUAGCUAGUAAGAAAACAAAGAAAAAACAUAUAGAACAAAGAAAAAGAUAACAAAUUAUCAAAAAUAUUCGUAUAAUUCCAUUCUUUAUACAAAAUAAUAAAGAAAAAUUAAUGAAAUUAUUUUUCUUUAAUAAAAAAAAAAAUAAAAAAAAAUAAAUUUACUCAAAGUGUGAUUUAAUAUUAAAAU